AUGGCGACCCCACCGCCCUCGAAAGUGUGCCAGAACUACUAUCCUGAGUACGAGGCUGCCCUCAACCACCAGAUCAACCUGGAGUUCCAUGCCUCCCACGUGUACAGGUCCCUGGCCUCUUAUUUCGAAGAUGUGGCCUCGAGGCACUUGGUCGAGUUCCUCCUACAGCAGUUGAGCAAGGAGAAGGAGCAUGCCAAGAAACUGAUACAGCUGCAGAACCAGCGCGGCAGCAGCAACCGCUGGGUUAACAUCAGCAAGCCUGACCGCAACUGCUGGGGGAACAGCCUGAAAACCCUGGAAUGCACCUUGAACCAGCUGAUGAUGGUGAACCAAAGCCUACUCGAUCUGCACCAGCUGGCACUGAGAAGAAGGACGUCCAACUGUACGACUUCCUCGAGAGUAACAGUCUGA